GUUCAUACUCAAAGAUGAUACAUCAAAAGAUGAAUAAGAGGGUGGUGCUAGGCGGACUCUGGAGUUACCAAUUGCUGAGCAUUGUCCAUAGAGCGAAGAAUGACUUGAAGAAGACAUGGAAUAAAAGUUUCUCGAUGCAAGUAACGAAGAUGAAGAAGAAGUACCUGCAAAUGGCUGGCAACGUUUUCCCUGGUAAGUCCCGGGACAUUCAUCACCUCUACUAUUUUCUUCGGAAAGGCUCCUGUACGCACGUAUGAUUAGACAACUGAAAUUUGAUUGUUCGGAGUAUAUGCACGAAUGAAACAAAAAUAAUCAGUGAAAACUUACUAUCAUGACCUAUUUGUUCUAUGGCAUCCAAGAACUUCUGAUGCAUUUCGGUUGUCCAAAUAAGCCUUCUUUUCUUCGGAACAUGAGAAUCAUCUUGAUCACCACUGGUAUCUGGUUCGCUAGAGCUCUCUUUAUGAUCUUUUCCUUUUCCAUUCUUAGUUGUCUGAUUUGUUUCAUCGCGUAAGAAUGCAUCUGUUUUAUUACUCGACUCCCUUGUGACAUGAUCAGCAUCUGCCUCAUCUCCGCCUUUCUCGUAAAGCUCCUGGAUUUCCUUCUCCAUACUCAAACCUUGCGAAAAAUACCAUGUCAAUUCACGUGUGAGUAUAAACUGAAAGGAUAUUUACCUGCAUGAACAUACACAAAUACAUAUGUGACCAAUAGAGUAUUUAGAUCAUAUAAACCUUCAAAAGUGCAAUCUGGAUAAAAGCUGAAGUAUGCAUAACCAGAUAGAGAUUUACUGAUUUCCUGAUGAAAUGUAAACUUUGUUCGGACAAACUACACUAUAGACGAACAAAACUAAAUCUCUACGAGAAAUAGAGAAAUGACGAAGAAACUACCUCCGUAAAAGGUUGAGACUUUAAUUUAUAGAUAUCCGCAACUCCUCCUCCUCGCUCUUGAAUAAUAAAAUAAAAUAAAAAUUAAAUGAAAUUAUAGAUUGUAGAAAAAGCGUAAUAAUAUAAUAUAUACGAGUUUAUUAUUAUUUCCAAAAAAAUCAUCAAAAAGGCAUAUGAUGAGGUAAGUUCACUUCUGAUGUAGUUAAUUGGACGAAAUUAUGAAAAUGCUGUCUAAUGUCUGGAGUGUAUAGGGUGUUAAAUAAAUAUUGAUUAAUUGUUUUCAGAUAAUCUUCUACAAUAAAACCUUAAUUAAACCCCUUUAAGGAAACUUAUGAAUAGUUUUAAGAGCAUCGUUCUUUAGAUAACAAGUCUGGUCUCUGAAACAAAACAGCAAGUCCAACCUUCAUUCCUCUCUAGUGCAGUAAUGAGAACUGGGCUAAACAUUUUGUUGAAUCAGCGGAAAACUCAAAAAAUACAUGUUAAGAUGUUGAUGAGUCGAACUCAAACAUGUUAAAUUACGAGUUCCGUAAGGUGUUAGGAGGAUGAUUUACUGAGAUUAUACUUAUAUAUAACAUGUGAAAGAUUUAUCGCCUCUUCUAUCAUUACAAACUCGAAAAUUAUACAGAACCAUAGAAAGAUGUGAUCGGUUCUCAAAGUCCAUUUUCGGGUUAAGAGUAGAUCAUGGUCAUUCAUGUUUGGGCAUAAUUUUUUUUUUCUUUUCGUGUUCAUAAUAAAUUUAUAAUGAGAAUAUUAGGAUUUUUAGAUAUUAAUAAAGCAAGCAAGAGUCAAACUCGAUUCUCCCAUCAGUCUGAACUCUACAGUCAUGAUAAGUGAUCAGUUCUCCCAGAAUAAUCCGAUUAUUUCAAAACCUUGCUUCCGUUUAGUCGAUGACUUGCAUACAGUGAUGCUAGUUGUUAACUACCUCGUCAUCACCAUGUUCUUAUUUAUAUUCAACUUCAUUAACGUUAAUAAUUAGUUACUUGCUAGUACAAAUGUUCAAGUGUUUGGCUUCAAGUUUUGCCACACACACACACAAUUUACAAUUUACAAUUCACACACGCUGGUCUAAUUGUUUUUCAUGCCUUGAAGUGGUCUGGAAAGUAUGUCUUGCUUGACCAAGCCGUAAUAAAAUACCUAAUACCACGUUCUGCAAUUAGUGAGCUUCCUACCAAAUUAACACAGACUAUAUUAUAUAUCACACACAUUUGUUUUGAUGAUCAGCAAUUAAUCAACUAAGCAUCACGAUCUCACAUCAUUGAGCUUUGCUUAAUCCACCAACCAACAUACCAAUUUGACGCAGCACUUAUAACUCUAUCUUAGGACAAGUAAUUAGCUAGCCAGUUCAGUUUAAAAUCUCUGUACAAGCAGAUAUGUUUAUGCAUAAGCACACAUGUAUAACUGUUAAGCCUCGCGGCACCAUUUUUUACUCUUUCGUAUAGUGUGACAUUGUCCGGUUUGAAUUAAAUAAUUAAAUUUUGCCACAUCAAUAUAAUUCAAUUUUAUCUUCUCGAUAUGAACUUGGAUUGAAUAUCCUGCAAUAACACUACGUUUGUUACUCAGACUCUGCUAGAAGCGUCCAACGUAGAUUCAUGUCUGAGUGUCGGACUCGACAAUAUUUUUAAAAAUAUACAUAUUUUUGACUUAAAAUAAAUAUUCAUGUUCAGAGUUCCAAGUGUCGGGUAUUCGAGUGAAAAUGAAGAAUCUGACUAACUAUGGUAUAACAUAAAACACAGCGGUGUCAAACAGAAAUCAUAGACAAUCAAGGCUGGUUAAGGAGCUGGUCAAUCUUAAUUCAAAUCUUCUUCCCGACACCCACACAAUGUCCAUGCAAAACAAAGAUCAAAUCAAAAUCUUGUCCCCCAUUUUAUAUCACAAUAUACUCAUUCACCCUCCAUACUUGUGCGGCUCUUUUGUAUUUUUCUUCCACAUCCAUUGUUUCUCAUAACCAAGAACCUACCUUCUCCUUUCUCGAUUUCCCUUCCUCACAACAAUAUAUAUCCACAUCUUCACCUUCACCCUGUAUUACAUUACCUUCAACUCAUCUCCACACCAUAACCUCUUUCACAAAAUUUUAAGUACAUAAUUAUGGCCUCUGCUCAACUGGUACCAAUGGGUCAGAAACCGAAAAUGCUUAAAGAUUUUCUUGCAGACAAUUCACAUUCAAAAAGGGUAUCAUUUUUCGAAGAUAACUUGAACAUGACAUUUUCCAACAAGGCAUUCUCCAAAUUUCUCAUCAAAUACCUCCCUUUCACCUCGAAUAUUAAGCCUCCGUCUAUCCUGCCAAGAAGCAUUACAAGGAGACUUUCUAAAUCAAGGGCAGUGCAGCCGAAACUGAAUGCUAAAGAUUUGGCUGUUAAGGUUAAAGUUAAGGACAUCCUACGAUGGAGAUCAUUCCGGGACUUGGCUGCAGAGCAAUCUACACCGCUGGAUUUCUCAUCAUCUCCGCAACAUUGUACAACUGUUACAACCACAACGGGAUCUACUAGUACCAGAAGUAGUAGCGGCAGGUCUAGCUGGUGUGAUAGCGAUUUUACUGCGGAAGAUUUACCGUCAUGGUGCAGUAAUUCAAUCGAGCAAUUAGGUGAAAAUGUAUGUGAUGAGGAUAAAGAACAAAACAGUCCUGUGUGUGUUCUUGAUUACGCGUCUCAAGAAGACAAGGAUUCGUUUUCAUAUUUUCAUCAGACUCCUGCCAGGAGCCAAACGAGAACCGAGCUGUCUGCAAACAAAAUUAUUACUGAUGAAGAGGAGGCAAUGCAGCUUCUAAAUGUAGUUAAAACAAGCAUGUCUAGCUCAGCCGAAUGUCUGGAAAUCGACGAGGAGUUUCUUCUGUUGGAUUUCUUUAUGCAACAACUGAGCGACGACAAAAAGGGCGGUGAUGAAUUAAUAGAAGUAGCGAAAGAAUGGAUCAGAGGAGAAAACGAUGGAUGCUUGGAGUGGAGUACAGUAGGUAAAAAAGAGUUUAGCAUCAAAGACAUGGAGAGAGGAGUCAAAUGGGAUAAAUUCGAUGAAGAUCAGAAAGAAUUGGGCCUGGAACUCGAGAAUCAGAUGUUGAAUCAGCUGGUGGAUGAGCUUUUAUCUGAUCUUCUUCAUUUAUAGAAGCAAGAAAAGGCCUGAUAGUACAUACAAACAUACAGUAGAGUAACAAUGAGAAAGAAAAACAUUCAACAUUUGCACAGAAAAGACACAGUAGAUGAAUUGAUUCAAUUAGGUUCGAGUCACUUGUCACUUGUUAGCAAGCAUUGAACAUGAUCUCCAAGAAGUUGUUCUUGUGCAGAUCUUUUUAUACAUAAAGGUCGUGUUUGUCCCAAUAUACAAGUAGGCCACAUAAUAUCCCCUUUUUUCCAUAUGUGUUUGGUGUAUGUUCAAUAUUGCGCAAAACUGAUUUGCGCAAGCAUAAUGUACCUCAAGGCUCAUGAUACAUCAUAUCGUGGUUCACUACUGAGCAUCUGAGUUCUGAUUUGGGAUUGCAUGCUGCAAGUUCCUUGAAUGAAGCUGGAAUCAUUAAUAUUACGGGUUCAGCAAAUUUUACAUAAUGUCUUACAUGCCCAAUUUAGCCAACGUUGGAGAUGCUCUUAGACGGUGUAUGUUUGAAUAUAGUUCAUUGGGGAAAAAAAAAUUCGAGUAUAACUAGGAGAACUUGUUAGGACAGAGACUCAGGGAGGCCUCUGCCCUUCAUUUUCUCUUUGACCCUGUGUAACAAAAGUCUGAACUCUUACCAUCAGUAUGAAACAUGAAAAAGGGCAGAAUUCAUUUUCACUGUGUAUCAUUUCAUUACUUCUUCUUAUAUGCAAGUCCAAUUUACGAGUGUGCCGGUGACUGAAU